AUGCUAUUGAAGAAAAGAAUUCAUAGUUUGGCCGGUGUGGUCGUACCGAACGACGGCAAAUGUCAUUUGGAUACUCGUGGAUAUUACACGAAGUCUUUGGAACAGGACUAUCCGUCAAUUGCUUUAUUGCAUCAGAAGAUAAAAGAACGCAAAGCAAAUCUUAUUUUCGCAGUGACCGAAAAGAAUAAACAACUUUAUAGACAGUUAAGUGAAGCACUACCAGAUGUGAGUAGUUCAGUGGGUGUAUUGGCUGACGAUUCAAGGAAUAUCGUCACUUUAAUUGAGGAUGAAUAUCGUAAAAUUUCACAAAAAAUCAUUAUGGUUGACAACGCAAAUGCCACGCAAGGAAUACGACUUUCGUAUCGAUCAAAGUGCCUCAGUGGUCGUGCUCUAAAGGAGACGAACGUUUGCGAUGGUAUCAAAGUUGGUGAUGAGGUGACGUUUGAGGUGACUCUCGAGGCAACGCAUUGCGUUAAACAGCGAGAUUUUGCACUUCGAAUUGGUCCGAGUGGUUUGGAUGAGACGUUGGCCGUGGACGUGCACGUUCAGUGUGACUGCGAUUGUCAAUUACAUGUUAGUGAUUAG